UGACGUAUCGCGCGAGCGCUCGGCGUUCAGCCAUUUUGUGUGAAUGAGCGCUCUCCGUUUUCACGGGGUAUCUGUGUGUUGCGGGAGACUCGCGGCCAGUGGUGGAGAUAAAUUCGAAUGAUUUAGUUUCGCCUAUAAAAGGGACACGCGACGGCGACGGAUUACAUGCGCUAGUGAAGGGGUGCGACCGAUCGCCCGCCCGCCCGCCGCGUUAACUUCCGUGCGAAACUGUGGAACAGGUACGAUGGAGGAUAAGGCGUCGCUCAAGGAACUUGACCAGUGGAUAGAACAAUUAAACGACUGCAAACAACUGACAGAAAGCCAAGUGAAAACCCUCUGCGAUAAGGCGAAAGAAAUUUUAGCUAAGGAAUCAAAUGUACAAGAAGUAAAAUGUCCUGUAACGGUAUGCGGAGACGUACAUGGGCAGUUCCACGAUUUGAUGGAACUGUUCAGAAUAGGUGGCAAAUCACCUGAUACAAAUUACCUUUUUAUGGGUGACUACGUUGAUCGCGGUUACUACUCGGUCGAGACUGUCACUUUGCUCGUAGCUCUUAAGGUGAGAUAUCGAGAAAGAAUAACCAUUCUACGAGGUAACCAUGAAUCGAGGCAAAUUACACAGGUGUAUGGAUUUUACGAUGAAUGCUUACGUAAAUAUGGGAAUGCCAAUGUAUGGAAAUUCUUUACGGAUUUAUUCGAUUAUUUACCAUUAACGGCGUUAGUCGAUGGCCAAAUAUUUUGUUUGCAUGGUGGUCUGUCGCCAUCGAUUGACACUUUAGAUCACAUACGUGCUCUAGAUCGUCUCCAGGAAGUGCCACAUGAAGGUCCCAUGUGUGAUCUGCUUUGGUCAGAUCCAGAUGAUAGAGGAGGAUGGGGUAUUUCACCCCGCGGGGCAGGUUAUACUUUUGGUCAAGAUAUUUCGGAAACGUUUAACCACUCCAACGGGCUAACGCUUGUGUCACGAGCUCAUCAGUUGGUUAUGGAGGGUUACAAUUGGUGUCACGACCGUAAUGUUGUAACUAUAUUCUCAGCACCUAAUUACUGUUAUCGUUGCGGAAAUCAAGCUGCAAUCAUGGAACUAGAUGAUGCUUUAAAAUAUUCAUUCCUACAAUUUGACCCAGCACCAAGACGUGGAGAGCCACACGUUACCAGGCGAACGCCAGACUACUUCCUCUAAAGAAUUAGACUUCAGGGCUAAGUGUCAAGGUAGGGGAAUGGAAACGCGAUUCUGACUUUAUAGUGACGCCAGAUAACAUAUAAUUUACAAUAGAACAUCGCUAAAUGAGUGUGAGGCUCCGUCAUGUUUUCACACAUACCACAUGUAGCCCCAAGUAUUAUAUCAUGGCUCACUUUGUGGUGUCUCAUUGAGAGAUAGAAUAGAUUACACGCACGUUCAGUGCGUGCCUUACAUGAUACAUGUAGACGACAUUACUUGUACACUAAAAAGGAAAAAAUAAUACAAUAAUGUACACACGUAUCGAUUAAAUUCACUUGUAGCAUUGAGUUUUACAACUUUUAUUAUAUCCGCUUGUAUUUUUAUUAUAAAAAAAACUGAAUAUAUAAUAAUGCACACGUUUGCGCGCAAUAGGUAGAACAAAAAAAAAUCAUCGGUAUAAGGUGGUAUCGUUUUGUAAUCUUGAAUGAGAAUAUUAAAACUUGUCGAGAGAGAAAUUUAUAUUAAUGAAGCAACAUCGUGUGUAUUCUGAAUGAUCGUGCGUUUUAAACGAAAUUGUCAUACAAGAUUUCAAGAAAAUAUACCAAAAUGGUCAUAAUUUAUAUUUAAGAGAGUGUCACGUUAUUAUUAGUGUGAAUGGAGCAUGAAAUGUUCCACUUGAAGGAAAUGCAAGGUGAUUUGAUGCAACAGUAAAUUGGCAUGCAUGAAUUGUGCCAUAUAACUUAAUAAAUAUAUAAUUUGCAAGUAAAAAAGUUAUUAAAAGGUUUUAAUAUGGCAUUACACAUACGAAUUCAUCAGAAUCAAUCAGAUAUCAGAUGAGCAAUCGAUUCGUUAAAAUUACAGUCGCUUCUGCGCAGUAUUUAUUGUUUUAUAGAGUAGACAUUUUUAUUUAAACAAUAUAGAAAUUUUUGUAAGGCAAAUGUAAAUCUCGUUCUCGUUGACAUAGCUUUCUAUUAAUCAUAAUAUUAUUUUUACGAAGUAAUACGCGUUUGUACAAUAAAAGGAAAAUCAAUGAGAAUGAUAUCUACAUCUGCACUUUUUGUUUUUUUAUUUAGACAAAGUGGCUAUUCAAUACUGUACAUAAAAUUAGUUGAUUUGAUUUGUCAUACAUUUUUCUUGUUAUUAUAGACUAUAAUAUAAAAUUGAGUUACAUUGCUUAAUAAUUUUAAAAAAUACAACACUUUUGCAUCAAUUCUAUCUGCCUUCUAAAGUGAAACACGUACUUUAUAUUGAGUGAAUCUAUGCAUUCAUGACGGUUAAAUUAAAAAUGAAAAUUUGCUUGUGAACCUACCGACAACCUUUUUACUAUGUUUAACAGACAUGAAAUGAUGCUUCUGGUAAAUAAACAUGUGUAAUGCAAGCCAAAGCAACCCAAUAUCAAAUUUUAUAUUCAUUCAAUACAGGAGCAAUUUGUGUACGAUGAACAACUAAAAGAAAAAAAAAGAACACACGAGGAUGUAUUUAUAAAAAUAAGGAAUAGCAAUUCAAAUAUGCAUAAUGAAGCAAUUACAAUAGCGAUGACGAGGAACGACAAGGUGAACGUGAAAUGUGUUAGAUGCACAUUAUAGCAAUUAACUAAGACUGUAAAUCCAUAUACAGCACAGGAUGCAGCGCGGAGUUAACGCGAGCCUUCUGCACAAUGCAGGCUGAGCAUUUUUUUCUUCUUUUUUCCGUUUUCUAUUAUACAAUAUACGUAUAUACAUAAUAUUCUCUAGACUACAAUAAUAUAAGAAUAAAUUUUCCUAUAGAACGAAACUGCACUUGUAGUAUUAUAUAUAACGCGGCGGAAUUUAAAGAUAUGGCGAAGGAAUAAUAGGUACCAGCAAUUAUUAUAGCUAAUUUUAUAUCUGCUCUAUUUAUUGCCCUCUCACUGCAUACCGACCUUCAUACAACGGACGAAAUGAAUAUGAAAUACUGAAACACUACCAAAUAGAGUUGUUUCAGUAGACAUGCAUAGUACCUUAAUAUCUAUAUGAAUAUUAUCAUAUUUUGAUUUCAUAUUAGAAAACUGGAACGCUAUUAUACACGAUGCCCCAUUUCAAGAAAAACAAAUAUCUUAAAAAUGAUGAAUGAAUAAAAUUACACAAAAAUCAUUUAUGUACAAUUACUUAGUUUUGAAUGAUAUAAACCUCUUAUUGAUGUACAUAUUAGAAGUGAAGUUGUUUCUGAAAUAUAAUGAUUAUCUUUAAAAAAAUGAAACUUAUAUUUUUUCUUAAUGAAUUUUAAUUACAUUAAAGCCCAUAACUUUAUAUGUAAAAGUAUUAAGAUGAUCGAAAGAGGUAUAUUUUACAAAUGAUUUCAUAUCUUAUUGUAAUACAUUCUAUUAAAAAGUUUUUUUUAAUAUUUUUUAAAUAUUAAUACAUCAUUUUGUGUAAAUCUAUAAUAUUUUUAAAAUAUUUGUCUAUUUUCAUUAAAAUGGAACAUCUUGUAUUCUUAGAGAUCCAUCGAUGCAUUGAAUAUUUUUUGUUAAUCUAAAUUUUGAAAAAUCCUCGUACUGUAUAAAUUAAAUAAGUCAUUAAUAUACGCAUAUACAAUAAUCUUAACUGUUUGAGAGAGAGAGAGAAAGAGAGAGAGAAAGAAAUUAGUUUCAUUUUAGAUUUAACUUUAUAGAAAUUUAUAUGGUUAAUUCGAAUAUUACAAUAUGUGUGGAGCAAACUUUGUAUAUCCUAAUAAACUAAAAAUUUUUUGUGAUA